AUGCUGACGCAACUUCAAGGUCUCCACGCAGUGUGCCUGCUCUACGAGACUCACUACAAACUAGGUGGAUGCCAAGAAGGUACCGGAGCGCUGGCCGUUCGGGGCGCACGGGACAUGCUGCAGCGGGAAACCGGAACAAGGCCCAUGGUGCAGGGGCACUGAUUCCCACAGCAUCUAAAGAGGGUGACUCCCAACAGCAGCACACACAUGCGGCACUCCGCACCGGCGAAACUCCACCAGCAGGGAAUCACCUACUGAGAGCUUUGCAACCUCCCCCUAAGCUGGGAAUCGAAUGAGGGCAAAAGGAGUUCCUGGACACUGCGGGGAGCACUACGGUGAACUCACCGACACAAGAAUCACCCACACUUAUAUCGUGCUGGACUCCCAUACUAACCCUCACCAUCGAGAAUUAGCCUGUUAAGUUUGUUUAGUCUGUUAUUGUAAAAAGUGGGGGGAACUGAUUAACAGUCAAACUUUGACCCCCAUGUCAUGUUUAAUUACAGUGUAUAAUGAAGUUACAUCUAUUUUUACCCAUAUGAAAUCCUUUUCCCAUUAAACAUUUUCCAUAAUUUCAAGAAUAUGGGAGGAGUCCCUCAAAUAUGAGGGUGCCUCCUGUGCAUAUUUCUGCAGAUGGUGGUCUAUAAACUCUGACAGGUGUGCCAUUAUGGAUUUAAUCCCACUAAUGAUGGGUCUCCCUGAUGGUUCUCUUGGGUUUUUGUGAAACUUCGGGACAAAAGAAAAUAUUGGGAUAACAGGAUAUUGAUAAAAAGACCACUCUAGGCACCCAGACCACUUCAGCUUAAUGAAGUGGUCUGGGUGCCAGGUCCUUCUAGGGUUAACCCAUUUUUUUAUAAACAUAGCAGAAAAAGGUAAGUUUUUCCCCCUUCCCCCUUCCAGAGCCGGGCGGGAGGCGGACCCUGAGGGUGGGGGCCAGGAAAAUGAGUAUAAACAACUUUGUCCAAGUGGGAGUACCCCUUGCAUGGGGACUUGCAUAUAAGGCCAGUUGAGGCUCCCAUCAAAGGAGUACCUGCUUAUCCUCAACAUAGAGCCUCAUCUCAUGUGUGGGGGAAACGGCUGGAUCUACCCUGGGGAUUGCUAUAUCACUAUACUCCCCUGGGAUUAUAAUCACUUAGCAUAUUGCUACACCCUCUUGGAGGAGAGGUCUACCCACUGGAAGUUGGAUCCCGGUCUAGGGUGGGUAGACAGCAAGACCCCAACCAAGCUGUAAUGCUGGAAGUGGGGACUACAGUACUGAUAGUGUCUGAUGGAGUGCUGGAAGUACUUGAUGAGCACUAGGAGCAUCGAUUGACAGAGGCACGCGGUCAUGAUGCCAGGCGGUCCGCCACAGUGGGUUACUGCAACCUAUCGACAAUAAACCUUGGGCAAGCAUGGAUUUCAUACUUCAAUUGCCUAUGUCUGAGAGUGUGAUAAGGUCUGGUUGAGUACAAAACAUAUCCGCCUUAAAGUCCCGUCUAUGAAAUUAGCACCGAGCAUUGGUCCUUUUAAGGUGGUUAAACGGGUCAAGCCUGUGGCGUAUUGUAUUGAAUCGCCUCACUCCUUUCACAUCCCCGAUGUUUUCCACGUAUCCUUAUUGAAACCCUUGAUGUGUAACAGGUUCACUAGUCCUGUGGUACCCCCUUCUCCAGUUCAGGUGGAGGACCAGGAGGAUUUCUAGGGGUUCUCUGGACUAUUUGCUGGACUGAAAGGGAUACUGUCCUGAGGACAGGUCCUGGGUGGCUGGUUCUGACAUUCAUGCUCCCCGCUUGGUCCAUUCUUUACACUCUUGGUUUCCAAGGCAUCCUAGCUCUUACUGCCCGGUGGUCGAUCCUCGAGGGGGGGGGGUACUAUCAGGUUACCUUGUGUAUCAGUCAGGGGCAUUUCACAGGCUGGCAUCUCAUUGCAGGGUACUGGGGACACUCCUACUAACUUUCAGCUUGUCUCUAGUGAUUCUUAAGCCAGCUGCGAUAAACCCGCCUCCUUUUAUGAAAUGGCUAAUGAGCGCUGACAUCAUGACACUAGAAUGCCACGGCUGGCCUAGGUGUUCGAACGAGAACAUUUUGGGAGCGUGGUAACCUACUUAAGUGAACACGUAUUUAAAAAGAGAAACCAGGGAGAGACUCAUUGCCCUGUUGUGGUUCUUGUUUGACCCAAGAGCGUAUAUUCCAUAUUGGUAUUCUGACUUUGUAUGUCUAUUCCUCCUUCUGUGUUCCUUUGACCUGGGCUAUUACAUUAUCGUUGAUCCUGAUUUCUGGUACCCCUGACCUCGGUUCACUAUUUGACUAUUCUUUUUGUGUGUGUAGUGUUAGUCCGGCCAUCCUAAGGUCCGGUAUACAGUAUUUGCAUUCUGCGUGUAGGAUUCCCGAACGUUCCUGACACACGCGUGGAAGAUGGUUGAAACAUGUUUCAUAGAUGUUUGUGAUUUGUUGAGUUUUGUAAAUAAAUUGAAGUGUUUCUGUAAUUCUUUUAUUAAUGACUCUCUGAAUAGUAGGCCUUUGGCCAACAGUCACAGUUGUUUGGAGCCCAGGUCUCAGAGUUUCAAGUCAAUGCAGUAAGGCUGCUUUACAUAUUAGAUCACAGUAUUUGUGUUUCCUAGUACGCAGCUAGAAAGCAGGGCCCAUUCUCUAAUACUAUUAGGGUCAAGUUGGGUACCCUGUGUCAAGGCGAAUUUAGCAAUAGAGAGCAUCUUCGCCAGCGGUCCCAGCAUGUCGAGGAGGUUAUCCUGCAUGGCCUUUAAUCCCUUCUCAAUUCCCUUCCUGGGAUCCCAUCCUGUCUGGAACGUGAAAACUACAAUGGUGGCUGUAAGGCUGGUGAACAUUCUUGGGUCUGGGAUAUUUUAUCCAGGAGUGAGGGUCUCGGACAUUCGGCCCUGAGGUGAUUCCUCACCUCCCACUCCAAAGGCUUUCCUCACCAAAAGUGAGCAAACCUGUUCAGAUGUUCUGGGAGAGACCACUCAGAAGACCUUGAGCGACAGAUGUAGUGCGGGUAAAAUAAUAGAUUAUCCUGAAAUGUCUCAUCAUCCUCCACUGCAAUAUGAAGAGAUUUCACCCAUUGAAUGAGUGUCCAACAAUGGAUUCCUUCACAUAUUGUAAAUCUCCGUGUGGUGUAUGCUUCCAGUGAUCUUCCUCCUUAGAAAUGGAAUGCUCUGCUUGCCACUCAUUCAUAACGGAUAACCUAGGUGGCGCAUAUGGGUCAUCCUCAGGGCCACCACCAGAAAUUUUGGGGCCCCUAACUCAGCUCAGGGUCUGGGGCCCACCUCCAAAUAAGGCCCACUGGGUCUGCCUCCAAAUACCGCCCACAGGAAUACACACACAGACACAAACACACACACUGAUACAAAAGGACACAGAUACAUACUAACAGACACACAUACUGAAACAGACAUACACGCACACAGGCAUACAUACUGACACACACAUACUGAGACAUACACACAGGCAUACAUAGUGACAGACAGACACAUACUAACAUACAUACAGACACACAUGCAUGAGGACAUAAAGACACAUACAUACAGUGUUAUGGUUGUCACCCCCUGAUGGCGGCCCUGGUCAUCCUCAUUGAAUAAUUGCAAGGGGGGUUAAGGCAUGUCAUGUUCUUCCACUCGCUUAGGCUAAGAUAAGUGAUGUUAAGUUGCCUUGUAAAAUUUAAAACUGUGUUUUGUUUUUUUGUGUGUGCACUGUUCCUUUAACUGUAUUUUGUGUAAUUUUAUUAGCACAGUUCAUUAUCUUUAUGUUGUUUUCAUUCCAGGAUAUAACAGGUAGUAGGUCUCCUGUUUUUAUGAACUUCAAAUAUUAUAAUCUAUUAUCUUGUGUUUUUAGAUGUUCUUUUGUAUAUACAGCAUUGUUCUCAACCCCUGUGCCUUGUAUAUACACAGUUUUUUUGUGACUUACAUGUCAUAUACCCAGGAAUUUGGAAUUUACAAAGAGGAUAAACAAAUGCUGCCACCCACCCCAUGUGUUUCCUAUUAAAAGUUAAUAAGUAUGUAAGGGUUUAGAAAAUACCCCUCUCUGUGUCGUUAGAGAUUUAUUUAUUUUUUUACUGAAGCAGAAGAAAGCAUGGUGAAUUGUUAGUGUAGGACUCCCCUAUGAGGUUUGCCUUGACAUGGCAGGUAGGCUUGCAUCCAAUGGUCAUUGGAGUGAUACUAAAAACCUCCAGUUAUUUAAAUAUACAUCAGGAUUUGAGAUAGUGCGCAAAUAUUCACAGCUCAGCCAAUGAGAGAUCAGUAUGAGUUGAGUUGUUGACCUUACUCCACCCAAUAACCAAUCACUGUCCUCUUAUCUGUUCCCUUUCCCCUUACCACAGCUAAGAAAUACAGAUUGGCUGCGGGUAAGGAGUCAAGUCAGCCACUUAGCUCACACUGAUGUCUCAUUGGCUGACCUUCGCUGAUUACCAACCAAUAAUAAAGAGGACGCUCAAUAUAUACGGGAGUGAUUUCAGGAAUGUGAUUUCUUUUUAAUUAAAGGUUUAUUUUAAACUUUUCUGUACAGUUGCAAUCCAGGACAUAGAAAGGCACGUCUUGGUCCUGGGACAACUAAUCCGAAAUAGUCUUCCUCAACCCAACUUGGAACAAGAUAAAUGUAAAUUUGUCCCUGAUAAAAGAAUGGGAAUAAGAGGGUAAUCUAAGAUAAAAUGGAGUGUUUCUGGAAAAGAUUUGCAGCAGAGCUCACGCUACUCCUCACUCUCUCUCUUUUCUUCCCAGGGUUAUUUGAGGACAGCGAAUAAAUAUGAUGCAUGAAGGGAGCCAAACUGCAAACUAUUUCUGCAAGAGCUGCAGCUGAGUUCUCCUCCUUCCUCCAAGACCCUCAUUCUCACACUCCCAGCUUUCAUCGCUUCUCCCAUAACCCCAACGUCUGCACAACAUUGUAUGCCUCCCCUUACACUGCCAGGUAAGAUGCUUCAUGUUAUAUAUUUUUUAUAUAUAUGUGCAAUAGUGGCAGAUAUGGGUUUAUUUCUGUAUUUUUGAAUUUCCACACGAGACGGAGCUGGGAGUCUGCACAAAUCUGUAAUGCAUAGCACGUAGUAAAUAGCACAGAGAAUUCACAGAGAAAAUUCCCUACAUUCUUAACAUACAGUUGAUAGAUGUUUUGCACACACCAUCUCUGUCUCUGUUUCUCUCUGAACUAUAUUAAUUUUUGCAAAACUGCCAAUCAGGGAUAUAGAAUCUCUAGAAUUUAAAUGUACCAAAUACACGCGUAUAAUUUGAAAGUGUAUUUUUACAUAAGGCUUGUGAUUUAAAUAUAAAGAAAUAUAUGGCAAGUUUGGCAUUACACAUACUUAGCCCUCUUGUUUGGGACUUUGACCCCAUUAAUAUUAUUCUUAAUUUUAAUAAUAUUAGUACCAUUUAAAAAAAAUAAAAUGUUUAACAUUCCAAGAUAGCAAAUGCUUAUUUAUUUUUCCUCUAGCAAAAUUAAAUAUUAACAAUAUUUAAAGGAGGGGGAUUAUUUCUGAACUUUAGAGACUGAGCUCAUUUUAUUGGAAUGCAGUUAUUCUGAAGGCAAUUGCAGAACUCAUAAGUAUUGAAACAUUAAACGUCCUCACUGCACAUGUAAAAGUAGUAAUAUUGUCUACGGUUUGAGGAGAGAUGUUUGCUUAUUUAAGCUCUCAUUUUUGCCCAUAGAUUAUCAGCAGAACUAUUUCUAUACAGUCAGCUCAAUUUAGAAUCUGUAGUAGAAAUUAUGGAUCACUGAAAAGACUACAAACUAUUUUUCUGAGCAAAACGGUACUUAUGGAUUAAUGCUUUUUUUUUUUUGUGGCAAUGAAAACCAACAAAACGUGUGGCCACGAUUUCCUGCACACACUUUUCAUGGAUUUCACGCAUAAAUUAUACAGAAUACAACAACAUAAAAGUGAGAAUUAAAAGGCGCUCUAAUACAAAAUAUGUGCAGAAAACUACGUGAGCAGCAAAAACACUCUAAAAAUGACUGUUCCCUCGCCACCAGUCUAAAAUAUAAUUUAAAAAAAAGAGUUGCGCUUGUGAACGAAUACUUAUCAAAAUCUGUUUUCAGAUCUCGAAAAAAUUUGCAUACAUGUAAAAGAAAUAAUAAACCAAUAGUGCAAUAUGUAUAUAAAAAAUUGCCAAAAGAGUAAUAAAUAUAUAUCACAUAUCUACAAAAUGUAUAAAUUAAAUUUAUAAAUCAUCACACUUAAGAGAAUGGGAUGUGAACAAGUAGUGUAAAAAUAGAAUGUGUAAUAUGAAAAUCAAUAUACAUAAAAUUAUGUGAGGUACAUUAAAAAUAGUAUCUGUCGGAGUUCAUCUCUUCCUAACUUCUAUAGUGCAAAUCACUAGUGGAUUGAAAGCCCUAACUCGGCUCGAAUUACACCGUUCAAUACAUGGAAACGUAUAUGGAUAAAUAUGGAAGAUGGUCAGUGCACUCCUUGAGUAUAAACAAAUUCAUGUGCAAAUAUAUAACGAGAUUCAAGAUUUACAACUCAUUAUGCUUGCAUAUAAAGAUUCUCUUUCUUAAAUUUUGUAAAUCAUUAAUUUUGUUACAUACUUAUACAUUAUUUUACUCAAAUUGAAAGAGAGUUUGCAAGACAAUGCUAGACCUCAUGUGGCUGGAGUGUGUCAGCAGUUCCUGCAAGACGAAGGCAUUGUUGCUAUGGACUGGCCCGCCCAUUCCCCAGACCUGAAUCCAAUUGGGCACAUCUGGGACAUCAUGUCUCGCUCCAUCCACCAAUUUCACGUUGCACCACAGACUGUCCAGGAGUUGGCAGAUGCUUUAUUCCAGGUCUGGGAGGAGAUCCCUCAGGAGACCAUCCGCCACCUCAUCAGGAGAAUGCACAGGCGUUGUAGGGAGGUAAUACAGGCACGUGGAGGCCACACACACUACUGAGCCUUAUUUUGACUUGUUUUAAGGACAUUACAUCAAAGUUGGAUCAGCCUGUAGUGUGUUUUUCCACUUUAAUUUUGAGUGUGACUCCAAAUCCAGACCUCCAUGGGUUGAAAAUUUUGAUUUCCAUUUUUUAAUUUUUGUGCGAUUUUGUUGUCAGCACAUUCAACUAUGUAAAGAACAAAGUAUUUCAGAAGAAUAUUGAAUUCAUUCAGAUCUAGGAUGUGUUAUUUUUGUGUUACCUUUAUUUUUUUAAGCAGUGUAUAUAUACAUAUAUAUAUUUUUUUUAUUUUUAUUUUUUAUUUAUUUAGAUUCUUUUUUUUUUCAGUGCAGAGUUAAACAUGAAGGUCUAGAAAGACAGUACAAAAAAAACAGGUAUAUGUCUAGUAAGAUUUAUUUGUGUAUUGGAAAUUUAAGCUUGGUAUAGAACCUGUCAGAGGGUAGAAGCAUGAAAAUAAUUGUAACAAUAGUUGCAUUUGAAGGGUUAAGAUGUUAAGCAAGAAGUAGAGUGAAGAGUGCUUAUCUCAGAGGCCUUUAGCAUUAAACCUGUUACUAACAGGCUCAUUGCAGAAUGUUUGUAACCGUUCGAGUCAAUAAUAAAAAAUAAAAAAGUACCCAAUCGCGAGGCCAAUAGGAGCAAGUUUCAGAUCAUCCCACACCCUCUGAUGCGAGAUCCCUCCCCCACUGUGACCACAUGUACAGGCCAGCACUCAGCCCAGGAUGGCUCAUCUACAAUGCCCAGCCGAUGCAGAGCAAUAGGAACUGCAGCCCUUGGGAUAGUCCCCUCGAUGUUCUGGGUAACGGCUGGGUCUUCAGGUAUGGACGCCAAGGGCCUGGGCCCAAACCCUUGGGUGAUGCAGCCUUUAACUUCCGGUGGCACUUCGAUUUUGGCCACCAUUUUCGAGCUUGCUCCCUGACUACCCAGCGGUGAUGGGUAUUGAGCUCUGGGGUGCUUCAUGUUGCGUUUCAAGUUGCAGAGGGGGUGUAAACGUCUGUACAGUCUUCUCCAGAAAUCUUCAAAGAGAGUAUUAAGCCUGGUAAGCAUAUCUGCCGGUUUGUGGUGACUGUCAGGAUAGCUUGUGGCAUCCAUCAUUAGUGUAGCUUGCUGACUUUGUGUAUCUUUAUUUCAGGGUUGUGUUGUACUGUGGUGGUUGCGAUGGGCCUCCAAGAAGUGGACCGGGAUCACCCCCACCGGCCCUGCCCAACUUGUUACAUAUAUUUGCACAUAAAUAAGUUUACUAAUUCACAAGCGUACCUCCUUUUUGUGUAUUCAGAUUACACAGAUUGCUCAGAAAAAGCUUUGAAACACUCCAUGGAAUUUUCCUGGUAGUGAAAAGGAUGCAAAAGUUGAGUAUACCCCAAUGCAAGGACAAUGAAAGGAUGGUGUGACGGUAUACCAAUUUCAUAUUGAUUGUGCCCAUCAAGUGAGCCAUGGCUUACAAAUCAUAGCCAAAUGUUUAAUUUUACUACAUUAUGCAACAUUGCUCUUGACUGCUUUUGUGUGUGCCAGGGUCUUACCUGAGGUGGUAGUCCGGUAGGCAGAGAUGUGUGCUCACCCUUGCAGAUAAACACAGACCAAAGUGACAAGAUAAGAAGCCACCUGGGCUGUGAGUCUGUGCACGGGGGCUGUGCAGGAUAUAGCUCCAAGUCGCAGUACAGGCAAGGACAAGCAGAAGAGUAGUCGUAGAAAGCCGAAGUUAAUGAUCUGCUACAGGUGGGCUAAACAGGAGCAGGCACGGGUAAAGUCCAGUCCCCAAUCCUGGAGACAAGGUGAGGAUAAACAGGCAGAAACAAGAACUGAAGUGUGGUCCAGAGGCAAGACAGCAGGAUUAAAGCAGAAAUAGUGCAGAGUUCAAAUCCCCUGUUGGUAACUUCUGGGGUGACCACGUCUGGAUGUCACAGUGAGAAGAGGAGCAGCCACGGGUAAAGUCCAGCCUCCAGUCCUGGAGACAAGUGAGAACUGUGACAGUGUGCCAGAUAACACCCUAUGUACACAUCACAUCUGUUAUGUUGUAAAAUUUAAAUUAAAGAAACGCUAUAGUUUAGUUAUUAAGUCCUUCAUUUCAGCCCUAAAGGUAUUGAAAUGCUAUUAAAUCCACCUUUAUUUCAGCACGGAGACAGUUUCCUCACUGCAACCUGAAUACUGAUGACAUGACCAAUCAAUCCGAGAAGAAUCAGGACAAACAGCACGUGUACCUCACCUCAAUUGUCACAAUCCACCAACAAUGCUUGACAUAAAGAAUCAGUCUGCUUGACAGACGUGAAGUGUUACUGAGGGGAUUUAUAGAUACAGAUUUCUGUUGACAUUUCACACCUCUGGCUUAUUUUAAAAAGGUGACAUACAAUCAAGUUCAAAUGCUUUAGAGGACCUAAGUGUCCCUUUCGUAUCCACAUGUUAAUCUCACAGCAAAGCAUAAUCACAUAUUCACCCUAAAUCACAAGCACUAAGAACUCUAAACUGCAUAUAAUGGUCUACACAGACUUUUAAAAUCAUGAAAGAUUUCAUGAUUUUCUUACUACUGGCUCUAAAUCGGGUUGAUUAGUAUAUUAAUGGAAAAUGUAUUCCGUAAAUAUGAAAGUUUCUCCAACGUAUAUGUGUUAACAGGAACGUGUGAUUUAUGCAACUAGUAAGAGAAAUAUCCUAGAGAAAACACUCAAUAUUAUGAAAAUCCUCUUUAUUUCCUGGACAUGCAAAAACAUUCUAGAGAGACUUCUUGGAUGCGUGACAUCCUCACCUUGCCAACUUGUUAAAACAAGAGACAGCUGUUGAAUUUGGGGGAAGCAAAAAUACAUGGUUUAAAAAGAGUGCCUGGAAAUAUGCAAAAACAUUCUAUCUCGACAUACGCAGAUAAACCAACAUCAUACCUUGCCAACUUGUUUUAAAACAACACAGCUGUUGAAUUUGGGGGAAGCAAAACCACAUAAGGUUUAAAAAGAGUGCAUUUUUUACAAAAUAUUAAACCAUCUCGACAUACGCAGAUAAACCAAAUCAUAUUGACCCACAUUUUAAAGUAAAUGUAAAGAUAAAUUAGUUGUGACUUUUAUUGAAAGAUGUCUUUCAAAUAAAGUACGAUAAAAAAUGUGUAAAAAAAAAUUCCAAUCCUAAUUAUCAGCAUUUUUGUAAUGCUAUUGCUAGUGCAAAGUUCCCAAGAAAUGAGUCGGUUAUGGUGUUAGCUUGUGUAAGAGUUCAAAACGUAAUUUGCAAGACCGAAGAACCCGUCGUAGACCUCGCACAUGUGAAAUGAGAUUCCAUAGGCAUGUAUUACAAAUAAUGCAGAGAGGUGACUUUUCCAUCAUUAAUUAUAAUAAAUGAUGACUGGUGGGAGAUUGCGAUGUGGGGUAGUUGGAAACAUAUAUCUUCUGUUUUUUGUCCUGUUUUGACAGUUUCUUUUUGAGGCAUUCAUGAUAUGCUAGAACCUCUAGGCUGUACCUCCAGACACAAAAUUUCCAGCUCUCCUGUAGCAGUUGUGAAGACGGGAAGUGGCGCCCCACUAACAAUGAUGGGAUGUCAGGGGACCCCUGGCACCGUAACCAUUAUAGAGUAUUGUAUUGUUUGUGGUGCUUGAAUACAAAGAAGCACUUUUACACUAAAUGCACUUAAUAUGACUUACAGUUGUAAUCAAAAUUAUUCAACCCCACAAAUUUAGGUUUAUUGUCACAGUUUUCACACUUUCAGCUGUUUGCACUGAACAAAUCAAACAAAAUCAGUUGAAAUUGCUCAACACAACAAACGUUUCAAGUGGUUUCCCCAAAUUAAACUAAAAAUGCAACGUCUGCAGCCGAAAGUCUGUAAAUGUUGACAAUAAACCUGAUUUUCAAUGGGCGUUGAAUCAUUUGAUUACAACUGUAGUAAAAUUGAUAAUACAAGAAAAACAAAUGGUUAUAGUGCCUAGAAUGUCCCUUUAAAGGAAAAUUCAAAGCACCAUAAUCACUACAGCGCACUGACGUGGUAAUGGUGGCACCUACCUAUUGUUAGCAGUCAAACUGUGGUAUAACAAAGGUUAGCACAUUGGAUGAAAGCACUGAGCUUAGCUUAGAUAUGAGAGCUUCUUGCCAGGGCGUGGGGCGUAACGUCCAGGCUAGGUGACCGGCUGGAGGAGAGAGCAGCACAGUGCUCCCCUUCCUGACAGUCACAUCUUGUAGCAUAGAUAACAAGAUAGUAGGUUUCUUGCACUUGUUGUAUGAUAAGGUAGGUAGCGCGAACAGCCCAAACCAGAGUCUCUUCUUGCCAGGCACAAGUAGUUUAUUUGUAACAGAAGGGGAGCAGCAUCUAAAUAUACGAAAAGAGAGGACAAGGAGAAGGAUAUAGUGUAGUAUGUGGCUUAUUGAUUGGAGUACACAAAAAAUGCACUUACAGUGUAUGGAGCUGAUAAAUUGGAGCUAAUUAUCAGCUUCGUACACUGCAAGUGCAUUUCUUUUUGUUUCCUCCAAUCAAUAACCCAAAUACUACACUAUAUCUUAUUCUUCCUUCUGGCUCUCACAGAACAGCAGCGGAUUCAGGGAGUGGACUCCAGAUAAGAAGGUAAACCAUUCUAAUAUGGUUUGACUCUUUACGAUGAGGAGUGGCUGGGCACUUUUAGCACAAUAACUAUUACAGCACUCUGUAGUGAUUGGUGCUUUAAUGUUAUUUUUGAAAACUCAUAAAUACAUAUUUGUUAAAUAGAGGAAUAAGUAUACAAAAUGUUGAAAAUCCUGGAAAGUGACAGUUCCCCUUUAAAAAUUAGCCUGAAUUUUUUUUCUUUUUGAAAAUCAGCAUUUCAAGGUCUGUCUCAAGGCUUUACAAAAUGGUUCCUCAUUAAUAUGAUUUUAAAGAUACAGUAAUUAGUAACAUUAAUUUAUACCUGGCACAAUUUUAAUGCAAAAGUUAUUACAGCUUUUGGGAGAUACCAACAUUUUUCUUUUACAAAUUGGGCAAUUAUCUAUAAAUCAUAUUGUUAACACAAAUAAAAUUACUGAAGAAUGUUUUAAAAAUACAGUGGUAACGUGAGGUAAUGCAUAAUUUGUCAUUUAUUCAUUAAACACUAAUUAUAAUGAACUGAAAUUGAAUUACAAAAUGUAGGCAUUAAUUACUGGUUUGGGUGUAUUCUGCAACUCAGUUAUAGUCUCAGCUUGCGCAAUUUAGUAUACAUUUUUUCCAAUUCAGUUUUCAAUUCAUAUUAAAACCAAUGUAUUGUUUAGAGAAUAAUAUAAUGUUGCAGGAAACAAAUUGUUUCCCCUAUAUCAACAAUGACGAACCUAUGGCACGUGUGCCAUAGCUGGCACGCCAAGCCCUCUCUGUGGGCACACAGCAAUAGGUCGCCAGGGAGGGGCACCGCUGGCGGCGGUCGGCAGCCUUAGAGAAGGCACCUGCCUGCCCAAAACGAUAGGUGUCUGCUAUGCUUUCGUAUUGUUGGUGGGUGGGAUGCAGUGGCUGAUCCAGGGGGGGCAACGGGGCAAUUGCCCCCUCCCUCUCCCCGAGAGAAUAUGCCUCCAAAUGAUUUCACUUGUAAGGGGCCCAGCGAGCUCGGGCUCCUUACAUACAAACAGACCUGGUGAGGGUCUUUGCAGAGUUGUGCAGCAGGAAGGGGGAAGGAGGCUCUCAGCCUUCUCCUUUACGUCUGCCGCCGAGUCCACGCUUUCAGAGCGUUGCCAUGGUUAGCACAGCAAUGCUCGAUCCCACGUGGUGCCGGGACUCACGGGAAGUGCAUAUACCCGGCGGAGCCGCAGAGAUGAUUAUUGAGACUGUAAUAGCUGGUUUGUGUUUUUUCAAUUGAAUAAGUCAUAUAUAUAUAUAUAUAUAUAUUUAUAUGUAAAAAACAGAUAAAAUUCUUAUCUUGUAAUACCUUUUUUCUUGGACUAACAGAAUUUUUUAAUGGCAUUUUAACCUUUCCUGGUUACUUUUACUUCCAUUGGCAAUUUUAAAGUUCCAGUACUCCAAGAAAUCCUAGGUGGGGAUCAUACCACCGGCGCCUAUCCAUAGAGCAGUACCUCUGCUCUAUCUUUGUGAGUAUUAUUUUAUUUUCUCUACUACUCUCUUAACCUAUCACAAUUGAGAGCACUAUUGCUGCUUUUAUUCUUCUAUAUUGGAGCCUUGGAUCACCAGACGGUGCUGACGGACGUAUCGCCGCUACAUAUCCUAUAAGCGGGGAUUAUACCGCUGUACGCUAUCCACACCAGAGCUGGCCAUAGCUCCCUCAAAUGUGAGUUUUUUACCUCUUCUUAUCUGCACAUUGAACCACAUCAAAAUUGAGAGCACUAUUGUUGCUUUCUGUCUUUCUUUUUCGAGCUCUGGACUACCAGACGGUGCUGACGGAGACCCCUCCCUACAUAUCCCAUAAGCGGGGAUUAUACCGCUGUACGCAAUCCACACCAGAGCUGGCCAUAGCUCUCCUGAAUGUGAGUUCUUUACUUUUUGUUACCUAUCACACCCUGAACUUUCAUACUAUACCAUUAGUCGCCUCUACCUCUCUUGUAUUUACAUAUACGGAACGGUCUACACCAGACGCAUCCACAGAGGAACUCUAUCAAGUAUCCUAGACCAUCUAUUGGCACCCUAGCAAUACUUUACUGGACUAUCUACCCUUAUUUGGCGCAGCCCUUCCAUAUCUUUUUGUAUCUAUCCACCGAAGGACCCGAGGGGUUUUCCUUCAUUUGGGUUGCUGCCUACCUUGACUAAUUUUGUGAUUACUAGCGCUGAAUUCUUUUUGUGUUUAUAUAUAUAUAUAUAUAUAUAUAUAUAUAUAUAUAUAUAUUUAUUUUUUAUUUUUUUAUUUGUGGUCGGUUAAUGUCAAUACCGUGAAAUACCUAGUGAUUGGAAUUAAAUCGGUGUGGUGUGCCGGAACAGACGUAGGGGUAGGCCUGUAAAAGAGGGCCCUCCUGAAUGGAUUGUAUGAGAGAGUGGGUUGGUGGGGUGAACAGCGUGCGUAAACGGCAAGGUAGGAAGGGGGGAGUAGCCUUUAUAGGAAUGCUAACUCCUCCCACAAAUACAGGCCUUGGCCUUAAACUUGUGGUCGGUUAAUAUCUAUACCGCGAAAUUCCUAGUGAUUGGAAUAUAGUCGCUGUGGUGUGCCAGAACCGACGUAGGGGUAGGCCUGUAAAAGAGGGCAAAAGGAAAUGCCAGAAAAACACACUUAUUGCAAAUAUAAUUAUCACAUAAGAUUUGUUUGCCUUACCUCUUAUCCGUUGAGAAAUGUUUCUGUAUAACAUAGCUGAUUCCCAGUGAACCUAAUUUAUUAAGUGUACCGGCGUACUGCUACUGGAUGCGGUACUUAAAUUGAAUGGAUGUCCUAAAUAGGAGUUUGGGUUCCAACCUAAUCUAAUGCAAGGAAUACGAAUGUAGAACCACAUUUAGAAGUAGUUAGGGGUUUAUUUAGCAGAGCAAGUGUCUUAAUUGUCCGAUUUGAAUGUUGCCGUGACAUGAGGUAGUGUCUGUACCUUUUUAAUUUCCUGAUUAGCUGUGAUCGUGAAGUUGUAUGGUUCCGGAAUCCUUGGUAGGUAAAAGGCACAGGUUUAAGACCGGGUUUGUGUGGUAUGUAUGCUGUCUAGGGAGUCUGAUACUGCCUGGAAUUCCCAUGCAUGUAUGUAUGUUAUUGCAGUGAUGAACCAAUUAUUUAUACCUUGGUAUCCCAAGGUAAGCAUUAAGAAGACGGCAUAUGGUUUGAAAGGCUUGUCAGAACGUGAUGUUGUUUGUCUGAUUGGUAUAGUGUGAUAGUGUUGUAUGAUGGUUUUGAAUGAAAGGUGGCAAAAAUGUAUCAUAAUAGACUACAGUUUGAACAGUAUGUUUGUGAUGUUGUAUUCCACUGAGUCCUGGAGGAAUGUUACGUCUCUGUCGUAUGUAUUUUUAGUGAAAGCGAAUGACGCUAUAGGUGAUAACUUAUUGUUGAGUCCCAAUAGCCGGGCGACCGGAUGACGAUGUUGAAAUAUGGAUUAUGCUCGGGUGUUUGUGAGUAGGGUGAGGUACGAGUCCGAGUGUCUCUUGUCAGUAAUCCCUAAUAGUUAUGUAAAUGCUACAACCCAGGAUCGUGGUUUCACCUGUAAAAUUUGGGAAUGGUCGGAACCAGGCGGGAUGAACACAUUAACCCAAUUUCGAGCUCUAAUGACUCUCCCCACCUGACCAGGUCUGGCUUGCCGGAGGAUCUAAUAAUAUUAUCACCGCCCGGCAACCUGAUAGCGAGCGUGCUAGUAAAUGUCUGAGAUUUCUGCUUGUGAGCUGGUCCCCCAACCCAGAAUUCUCAGUGUCCGGAAGGAUGAUUCUUGUCCGAUGUUGCCUUCUUGGGACAUACUGAAAAAGAAUAUCACAACAACAAUGAACUGAUUAAUAACAAUACGGUUGAGAAAUGUAGAACUGCCUGGUUAACUAUUGCCAAAGCGAAAAUCUCUCUACCCCGUGAAAAGUGAGGCCAUGCUAGUUGCCAAGCGGCAGAUGAGAGGCUCUACCUAUGGUUUGGGCGUGGGGCUCGAGCCACUAGCGUGGUGGCGGGGUGUCGGCCUCUCGGUGACAGUAAAAGAUCCAAAAACGUGUGGACAUGACAAAUGAGGCCCUGACAAUAAACCCGAUAGAUUGGUGAAUGCGAGGCUCUAACUGUGAUUUGGGCCGAGGGGAGAAAAUCUCUGUGUUGAGAUUGGGGAGUUGGCCUCACGGGACCAGCUAUGUCGUAAAGCUAAGGCCAGGUCCUGAACCCUGAAUAGCCAGUUCUCUGACCCUAGACGGGGGCUUGAUGAGGGGGUAACGUAUUGGCGUAAUGAGUCGUGAUAGUAAAAGGAACCUUGAGGCCCCUAUGUCAUAAAAGAGAACAAAAGAAGGGAGAGAAAGGAUGAAGACAGAAGAGGAAAGGAGCUGUGGUGGAGGGAGAGGAGAGAGAGAAUAUUAUGUUUAGCGCCGUGUAGUUCUUAGAGACUUAGCUGAUAGUAUAGUAACCUUAGGCCCUGAGGUGCUGAAGAUUCCCCCUGGUAGUUAUGAUAUAUCCCUGCAAGAAGAUUUAGGAAGGCAUUGAGCCGUGAAUGCAUGAUAGAACGAGGCAGAAGGUGGAAGGUGAGAUGAGCAAGUUUUGUUAGAAACAGGAUGAUUGUUUACAGAUAGUGAAUUCGAAUAAACAUACGACUAGUUAUCAAGUAUAGCCGUGGCCUGUCGAGGCCCCCGUACCCUAAUACCCUAUUGUGUGAAUGCGUGGCCUUGUUGAGGCAGUUGAUAGAAAUGUAAACGAAAUGUUUUUGUACCUGAUAGAGACAGGAGACAUUAAAGAACCAGUAACUGUCUCCUGGUAGAAUGCCGUCCGAAACCUGAAAUUAAGGUGCCAUUUUUUGGGGGUGGGGGGUUUUAAGAAGGGAAAAGACCUCCUUUAGGUGACCUCUAAAUAUCUAACAGCCUCCUCUUAAUUUGUAGUAUUAAAUUACGCCAGCCAUGUAAUUAACAAGCUUAAUCAGAUGUUGUUUAGCAGAUGGCAAUGUAAUGGAGAAUGUUCAAUUGCCAAAUGUCAAACUUAUCUGACUGUAUCAUCUGACAACAAUGUUUAAAUGUACUGACGUGAUAAUGUUGGACUUACAGUAUGGGCAUUUUUACCCAGAGGGAGGUAAUUAAAUGAACGGAUUCCAUCCAGUUUAAAAAAAAAUAAAAAAUGGACAUUCCCCCUACUUAGCAGGUAAGAGUUAUAUAGCUAUCAGUUCCUUGUAUACUUACAUACCCAUAAUUAAUUACCAGAACAGUAUAUGAAUAGAAUGGACAAUGUUGUUAAAGAUUCACUCAACCUAGCUGGAUGGAACAGUAAAUGCACGAUACGUCAUAUUGGAUGGAAUAAUGUAAAGGAACUAGGUAUAGCAGGUGUGACGGGUGUAUGUUUACUGUUAGUAAUUCCCUUAUAGAGCGAUCCUAUGAAAAUGUUGUGCUUAAAGCGUGUAGUAUUGUUGGAGGGAAAAUGGAGAAGGAAGGAAAGGUGUUAAAGAAGUUCAGGAGGUUUAUUGCGAGAUAGUGAGUUGAUGAUAACGUAUGAUGAGUAGUCGAGUGAAGCCGUGGCCUGAGGAGGCAAGGCGAGUAAACAAACCCCUGUAUGUUAACAACCACCGAAUGCUUAAUAAUUUACCUGAAAUUAGGUAGCACUGGUAGGUAUAUCGAGCAUAUGUUGUAUUAACAUUCGUAAAAUAAGUUGAGCAUGUUGGAUGGUAAAAAGCCUGAACGGAGGGGAUAUAAUUUAUAUACCAGAAAUUGCGCCGUAUUUUUACUGUAAUCUGUCUUAAUGGUUGACAGAUAAAGUAAUACAUUACAUUCAUCGGUUAACUUCAUUUGUUUAAUUUAAACACAUAGCAUAGUAAUUGCAUUAAUUGACUUGAUUGGCACCAAUGUUUUGACCAGAUAGUGAAAUCAUUACCCUAGUUAGUGAUGGAAAAUUAAUCUUUGAGAUCACAAGUAGUGAUUAUGUAGCAACCAAUAAGGAUAAACUAUUUCUUAGUGAGUUACAAUUCACACACUCAGACUAUGUUCAGAUUGGGGACUGGUUGUAUAAAACAAUAUACAGAUUACACCAAGGGUAAAGGUUAGGGGUGAGCAAGAAAGAGCUGGGUAUUCAGUAAUACAAUCAAGCUUAAAUAUAUAUGUGUAUGUUCGUCCGUCCAACCUAGUGGCGGUAACGGAAUUACUAUACGCGUAUAAUUGAAGUAGAUGUACAUAGAAACCUUAACACCAUGGCAAACAGAUAUUAUAUCCAACCCUGUGAACCAUUUAAGAGAUUACUUCACAUUGCUAUCUAACGAAAUACAGUCUGAUAAUCAUAUAUAACAUCUGCUGUGUAUGUAUCUUUAACAAAUCUUGUACCGAGAGAGACCGGCAGGGGCAGUAUAUAGCAUGCUGUUUAGCUGUAAUUCUAUCUUUGUGUGCACGAAAGCCUUGCAGUCAGGCUUGUGUAGUCUAAGUGAAUGAAUUGGCGUACGAGCGGGUUGGCCCCUGUUCGGGAGUUUCAUAUGAAGGCCAUUUAAGAUUAACAUUAAAUUUAGACCUGAGACCUAGUUUGGCAGGAUUUAAACGAAUGAACCGGUUUCAACGAAUGAACAGAAAGCCAGCCGUUUUAAACGAAUGAACAGAUAGCCAGUGUAUGGUACCAGUAAAACAAACUGUAUCUCCUGAAUUUAACAAGACCGGUGUGUAGAAUAACCUCUGUAAAAUGUUAGUAGUUGUGAUAGUAUUGGCUUGUGAUAGUGGCCACUAUACACAGUUAAAACCGUCUAAACAAAGUAUCACAGUGUAAUGAUAAUAAUAGCUAAACAAGGUAAACAAAACAUAAAAGUAGCAAGCACCACAAAUAGAGGAACAAAGUAAGACAAAAUUAUGAUAAAUAGGUAAAAGCUUAAUCUAAUGCAAACUGUUUAUCAAAUUUGCUAAAACAAGUGUAUUUAAUUAAGAAACAACAAAAUUAAAAGAGGGGGCAUACAAAGGGGAAGUUCCGGGUCGGCGUCAGCUGUAACGUCAUAAGCCCGGUGCGCAUUGGGAUAUGUAGUAUGAAGGAGCUGAACUAUCGGCUCAUUAACCUGGGUAGGAGUUAUAGGCUCUCCUGAGCCGAACUGACAUAAUAGAAGGGUGGGUAAGGGAGGAGAUGAGCCUGAAAAACGGCGUAGAAUAGGAGGUGAGGGGGCGGGACCUGACAGACAGCGAUAGAGAAGGGACAGGCUAUAGUGGCAGUGGCCAAUGGGAAACCAGGGGGUGGAGCAACAAAAACAAAUGGAAUAUUAAUAAAAUAUAAAAUAUGAGUUGGCGAAUACAAAAUAAAGUGAUAAUUAGAAAACCAAACUGGGGGGGAUAAAGGGGUGGGGAAAUACAAGUUGAAAAAGUUAAAAAUAAGCUUAGUGAAUAUAAGAUAGCACAUUAGUAACAGUAAAUAGAAAACAGUGAUAGGCUGUCCAAACGGGCAUGGAGUUAUUCAAAUUAAUACAGCAACCAGCACGGAAAACAAUUCCCAUUUGUUAGGAUACAGGCUGUAUUUUUUUUUUUUUUUUAAUUAUAGAACAUUUUAAACGGCAAAGGUUAGCUUAUACUUCACGAUGUGGAUCGAUGUUCUGCUGCUGGGAAAAUUAAUAUUGUAAUGGCGUUCGCCUGUUUAGCUCAUUCGAGUGUUUGUUCAUGUGAACAAGCAGGGGGGAGAGAAAAGAACACGUACAAUAUGACUGAAACUUGUCGAAGGGCAAAUAGCCCAAACGCGGCUAUUUGACAAUUACCUUGCGUUCGUAUGUUUUGGAGGUUCGAUUGCACUAAAUGGUGAGCGGGAGAACGGAGAGGAUGCCGGGACCGGAAGCGGCGGAUGGAAGACCCGAAAGUUUGGCUGUCAUGGAGACCGGAAGUUCGUCUGUCACAGACGAGGUGAACAGCGUGCGUAAACAGCAAAGUAGGAAGGGGGAGUAGCGUUUAUAGGAACGCUAACUCCUCCCACAAAUACAGGCCUUCGGCCUUAAACAUAUCUUCUUUGGUUAAAGCCCCGCCAGGUUAAUAUAUAUCCAUGAACCAAAGUGAGCUUAGUACAAUCUGGAUAUAACGUCCAGACUUUACUAAUCAAAUGAGUGGAGCGCUAAAGGUAUAAACUUACCCUAAAAUAGGGUUAAAUCUCAGAUGUAUAUCAGUACAUAUAAAGGAAACAAAAAAUAAAACACAAUAUAGUGUAAAUCCACAGGUGAUAAUGUAUUUUGGUGAUAAUUCAAGUAGUCAAACUCACAUUGAUCAGAGCCUCAAAGGGACAGGCUCAAAUCACUUGCACAGUAGUGUCGUAUGGAGACACUGCACCCUUUUGCCUGGAAUGGAUUUCCUCAAAGGAGAGAGAAAGGGAGACUUCCUAGUGUAUUAAGUUUCAACAAAAAUAAAAAACACAGUGGUUUUUGGUUGUGCUCACCUUUUCCUGAGCCAAUGAGAACCUGGCUCUGGAUGAUAGACCUGGGUACCUCUAGAGGGGGGCACCUGCCCUUCUUUAGCAGCAAGAUGAAGUUAGAAGCUGAUGGAAAUUGAUCAGAGCCUUAAAGGGACAGGCUCAAAUCACUUGCAUAGUAGUGUCGGAUGGAGACACUGCACCCUUUUGCCUGGAAUGGAUUUCCUCAAAGGAGAGAGAAAGGGAGACUUCCUAAUAUACAUCUAUGUAACCAAAAAGUACUAAUACGUAAUCUAACAUUCUUUAUAAAAAAUAUGCAUUUAUUCUACUUCAAAAGCAAACAAUAAUAUACUUAACAGAUGGUAUUUCUUCACAAUGUUACAUAGAUUGAGAGAUCUUUUUAAGUAGUCGUCUUUGUAUCAGUAAGUCAGGGACAUACCAGGAGAGGAGAGUGGAUCAUAGGAGAAAGAGAACGUGGUCCUUUGUCCUCAGGCAAAAUGACGUCAUAAUUUUUAAUUUAGACGCCAUAUAGGGGAACUCCCCAUAUAAGGACCCUACCCCGAAUCUCUCUAUACAGCACAUUCCAGAUGGUACAGAAUAGCAAACACUAUCUGUUCUUUUUAACCCAUUAGACAUCCACACCUUAAUAUGUAUUUGAAUAGGAACAUAUAGAAUAUGUAAUAUUCUACAGAGACCCCCUACCUAGAGCACCAUGAGACCAUGGGAACCCUCCCUGGAAGUAGGUAAGAAACAGGUAGGGGGGAAACACUAAAAAAAAUAUUAACUUAAAAUAUUUAAAAAAAAUUUAAAUGAUGCUCCCCUCUCAGACCCUGCAACACUCAGCCCCAAUCCUAAACUUAAAAGUCUCUCUCGCACUACACACACUGCACCCCUCACAACCACACACAAUGCACCCCCUCACAACCACACACACGGCACCCCUCACAAUCACACACACUGCACCACUCACAAUCACACAGGCUGCAUCCCUCACAACCACACACUGCACCCUCUCACAACCACACACUGUUACCCCUCACAACCACACACUGAUCCCCCUCACAACCACACACACAUCACCCCUCACAAUCACACACACGGCACCCCCUCACAACUGCACACUGCACCCCCUCACAACCACACACACUUCACCCCUCACAAUCACAGUGCCAUGUUGGCAAUUUGAGGAAAAAAAGUUGGUUGGUAUUGCGGUUUGGGCACUUGGGCUCAAAAAUGUUCGCCAUCACUGCCCUAUAUGACAGUAUGAUAUCGUUCUGAUAUGUGAUGUGGUGGGUAAAUAUAUGGAAACUGUUCUUGUGUAUUUAUUUAUUUGUGUGUCAUUCUCUUGCAGUCUGCACAUAACAAAAAAGGACAUGGAAAAAGUAAAUCAAGAAAUGAUGAGCAAAGAGAAGGUCUGGAUCAUUGCUACAUAUUGUGAUGUUAUCAACCAUAGAUACCUUUGGAUAUAUUAAUGUAUAUAGUUUAAAGCCCAAAGAGCAAACAUUCCAUAUUUUGUUUUAAAUUUGACACAAUAUACUGUGUGCAACAUUUUCAAUAAUAGCCACUAGGGGGAAUUUACCUGACACUUUGUUGAUCACUAGGAUUGUGUCUGCAAGGUGUUUGAACAAUUACAUUUCUGUGCACUAUGCACUUAUUAGACCUAGGCACUGCGGACAUUUUUGGUUCUUCGAAAUGAAUUCGGACGAAAAUACAUUUUUGUCCUACCCAGCCAUUACUGUCCAGUCACUAAGCCAAUACAGUUCUGGCACAGUUCCAACACCUAAUAAAAAAAUUAAGUGGGUGGGGACAUAGUGUGCCCCCUGUGCACUCACCUAUGAUCCAUGGGUGGGGGCUUUUAAAAUAAGAUGAAUGAGAGGACAUAGUGUCCCACCAGCCCCCACACAUUGGCAGCAGGCUAAUAAAACAAUAUAAAAAAACAAGCCUUCCCAGGUGGCUAGGGGUGCCCAAAACCCUUAGUCAAGGAACACCAACAGUGCGCUGUAGUGGUUAUAGUGCUAGGAAUGCCUUGACACACCCCUUUGUAAGUAGUCAAACCUGUUUGCCCUGGGCAUCGUUACCUGUCUGUACUACAGCUCAGUGAGAGCCGGAAGCUCCAAUAGCUCUCCUGAGCCUGCAGCACAGGGCUAGCUUAUUGGCUGAGAGAGUCAGCACACAACUCUCAGCCAAUAAGCAUAGCCCUACACCUCCAGGCUUAUCUUAGCUUUCCACUGUCAGGGUUGAAAGCAACUAUAUUUACUCACAAACUUUUUUCCAGUUCAUAACACAACUAAAGAGAGAAUUCUCUUUAAAUUGACGUAACUUCAUUUGUCAUUGUUAGUCACAUGAUAUUAAGAACGAUACUCCAACAUCGGCAAGCAAAAUAAUGAUAAUGUGAUUGUGUAUUUAUUUUGUUAUACCUUUUCAUAUAUUAGUUUGAUGUUACAAUGGUGAUGUUCUUUCUGUACAUUAUUAAACCAGGAGGGGUGAUUAAAUUAUUUAACUUACAUCUAGUAGAGAAGUAGCUCCAGAUGGAACUUCUAUUAGUUUCUUAUUUCCACUCCCAAAGGUCCAGAAGCACCGAAGAAGCAAAGCAAAAAAUGUGGAUACCAACUGUGAAAAUAAACAGAUUGUAGAAAGGAAGUCAGUGAGUGGCCAAAAGUCAUCUUCUCUUCUCAGUCAAUAUAAUAAAGAAGUCCUCUUACAAGGGCCCAGGAAAGAGGAGGGUAUAAUCAAACAAGCAGAGGAAAAAGAAUUUACUGGAAAAGAGCUAAGGAUUCAUAAAGACCUCUCAGGUUAGUCCACUCACCUUAUCCCACAGUUAAGAUUCCUGUGCUUUACAUUUGCUCUGCAAAGGGUACAGACCAUUUAUUUUUCUUAGUGCUUUCUCCAAACAGCAUAACCAGUACAGCUCACUGGUUUAAGGAGUGCAAGUCAAACCAUUUAAAAAUGGUUUGACUCCUUACAAUGGGUAGGGGCAGGUACCACGGCACUGCUGGCAACAUAAUAAACAUUACAGUGAGCUUGAGAAAAAUACUUACAACGUUUAUCAGUUUUUUUUUGAGAAUAGGGAGCUACUGAUUGCCUUAGAGCAUCAGUUGACACUCUUAGCCAAUCAGAAGUUCGCCUGGCCAAGGCUUCCCCUUUCAAGAUUCUGAGCAGCAGAAGGAUAGGGCGGCGCAGAGCGUUUUGGCAAUGGAUACUGACCUUUGUAAUUAAACUGUUUGUGAAUGGUUUAACCCCUAAAGGCAAGCCGGUGCCAAGGAUCUCCUAGCAUUAUAACAACUUCAUUCAAGUGUUAUGUUGCUGGAGUUUUCCUUUAAGAUUCUUGUGCUUAGGUAUACAUGUCUAUUAUAACCUGGAGCACAAUGUUUGCUAUGCUAUUCUAAACCCAGCAUUAUUCUAUACUACAUAUUAUGUAGAGAAAAUGGGAUAAGGCGUGGUUAUGGUGCCAAAACUGCAUUGUCGCUCCUCCCUUAGUCUAACAAUGAAAACUGUUUGGUAAUGGGUUUUCUUUUUAUCUAGAAAAUAAUGAAUGAUAAAAGCGCUAAAAAACAGGCAUUCAAAAGACUAAAAAAAUAGGUAAAAAGUCCUCUGAACAAACAAUCGUUAUCAGUGUGAUAUUGUUUAGGAAUAAUAUGUAUACACUAUAAACAAAUAUAUAAUCCCAAAUGGAGGAUUAGUGGGUAAACAAUUUAUUAACAUUUAUUAAGAACAAUAUAAAAUUACUAAGGGAUAUUGCACAUAAGGAUAGGUAUCUCUGCCCCUUACUGGAAAUUGGUGGUGAGUAUAUGCGGUAUCAAUUCCCGCCACUCACAAGAGCAUUGACCUUCAGACGGUCAACUAUAGUCGCUGAGAUGACAAUCCAAUCUCCUCCCUCCGAGUAACCAGUCUCUCUAGGUGGUAGAGUUCCGGGCAUGAUCUUUGAUAGUGUCAGGCUUAAUCCCCAGUAUCUUUCUCUGAAAAGUAUUCACUAUUUUGCGGCUUUUAAUAGCUCCGCCCACCUCCUGCCGUCACCCCGCAUGUCUAUGCAUUUCGCACGUCUUGACAAAGCUGUAGGCGAAACGAAUAGAUGUGCGUGGUGAUGCCUGAAGGAAGAUGGAGCUAUUGAAAGCCGCAAAAUAGUGAAUACUUUUCGGAGAAAGAUACUGGGGAUUAAGCCUGACACGAUCAGAGAUCCUGCCCGGAACGCGACCACCCAGAGAGACUUGUUACGCGGAGGGAGGAGAUUGGAUUUUCAUCUCAGCUUCUUUUUAUCUGUUGUAGUUAUGGUUCUUGGAGUGUUCCUUUAUGGCUUUCCAAGAGAAUUUAGUUUAUAGGGUUUUCCUAUAAACCAUAGACUGUGAGAAAGUCUUCUAAAGUAAGGCAGGUCAUUUUAAAGGAUUGGGACAACCCUUGAAAAGUCCUGCAAGCUAGUGUUUGGGGUGAGAGUGUGAGACUGCCCAACUUGGGAUAUGCACAAUAUGUACAGUGAACAAGCAAAAGCAAUUGAAAGAGCUCAACACAAUGAGUGCUUCAAAGGGUUUUCACAAAUUCAUCUAAAAAGCAACUUAUAAUGACUUCUCCAGUCUCAAAAUUGUUCAACCCCCUGAAUAGAAUCUGUGGCGAAACCAACCUCGCCACUGUGAACUGGAGAAGCCUGGUUGCUCGCCUGCUCCCUUUGGACUAUGGCCCUGCAGGUUAAACCGUUUAUUUCCCCUGCAGAAAGGCUUAUUUGUGUGAUCUGAGUGCCAAUCAUCUAAUAAUGUGCACUCAGAUCCCAGCUAUCUGGGGAUAUGUGAAAUGUCUGUGUGUUAUGUGUAAAUGUGACUUUAUGUAUUUUAAAGUGUUUUAUGUCUUUUUGCAACCAUGUGCUCAAUGGAGUCUGCCUCUAUCCCUGGAUAAUUGGAUUACUUUCCCCCACUGUCUCCAGGAUAGAGGGCUCUGUAAAACCUGUUUGAGCCAGAUAGCCAUGUGCCAGCCAGGGCCCAAAAGAUACUUUUACUAACUUUUGAACCCCUGGUCGGAUUCAUGCCAUUUUUUAAUAUGUUGUUCCCCUGAAUGGAUUGAUUGUGGAUAUGUAAUUUUAUGUGAAUGUGAUGUAUGGUUUUAGAGUUAUGAAAGUUGGGUAGAAAGUAUGUUUUAACUGUAUGUGUAAUUGAGUUUCCUCUCAGGAUAAGGGGAGGGAAUAUGUGGGAUGUAACUGAUAUGUGAUUGGUUGUUUUGUAAUGCCCUGUGGGCUGUACUAUGUUUGUGGAUUGGGAAUAAAAGAGACUGUAUGUGACAGUACAGAGAGUUCCUGUUUUAACCCUCAAAGUGAAGUGUUGUCUCAUUAUUGGGGGAAGGAUUUAUUGUAUGCUGUUUCAGUUUGACUGCUAGGAGAGUAAACCUAUUCGUAUGGUUCCUAUUCAACUGUCUACAGCAUUCAUAUGCUUGAGAGAAGGUAUACGCUUCUCUGGUUCGGUGAUUUUGGUGUCUGCUGCAGUGCUUGGAGUCCUCAGGAAGUACUAGGAGCAUCCUUUAACGGAGGUACCCAGUCGGGGUGCCAGGCGAUCCGUUACAUUGGUGGCAGCGGUGGGAUGGCAUCCUAGUGCGAGGUAAAGCAGCUCAGAGACACAGUUCAUUUGGAUUUACAAAUUGAGGGCAACGCUAGCACACGUGCAGCGACCCUGGGAGCAGAGGUAUCCAGCGACUUGGAGCAGACAAGUAUGGAAGGCUCUGGCGAUGAUUGGAUGGCCGCGGUGAGGCAGCGAGUGGCCCAGUAUGGGGAUGAUUUACCCAUGGAGGUACGCCGGGUGAUCUGGAACCAGGUCACGGCCGAGCGAAACACAAGGCUGGCCCGAGAAUUCCGGCUGGCGAAAGAGAGAGAGUAUGCUCAGCGGAAGGAGUGUUACAGCAGCCGAGUAGAGGCUGCAUCCGAGGAGGCUAGCCGUCUCCCCUGAGGCGGCCGCAGGAACCCGAAGUAGGGGUCCUCAUAGACUGGUCCUGUGAGGAACCACAACAGGCAUGUGGAGAUGGGACCGGCCCAGAUCCCCAGCAGCAGCCGGAGUUGCCAGGUGCGGAAGCAGGUGGUCCUUACUCGCAAAUGUUGAGGGACCUCACAGACUGGUCCUGGGCAGACCCACAGAUGGCUGGUGGAGAUGGGACGGCGGUCUCUCAACCGGCCCUACAGGGAUGCUGGGCGGUCGGCCCAGAUCUCCAGCGGCAGUAUGUACCCCAGGGAGCUGAAGGUGCAGUCCUUCCUCCCCAGCGGCAGUGUGCACCCCAGGGAGCUGAAGGUGCAGUCCUUCCUCCCCAGUGGCAGUGUGUACCCCAGGGAGCUGAAGGUGCAGUCCUUUCUCCCCAGCGGCAGUGUGUACCCCAGGGAGCUGAAGGUGCCGUCCUUCCUCCCCAGCGGCAGAGUGUCCUGCAGGGAGCAGAGACCGUCAGUCUCGCACCCCAACCACAGGACAAAAUAAUGAAAGGGGAGACAGCUGGUCCCCCUCUCCACCAGCAGAGAGAGUGUCAGGGAGAGGAGCCUGAUACCCCCUCUCCCCAGCGGCAGUUUACAGUUCAGAGAGAGGAGCUUGUUACACCCUCUCUCCAGCGGCAGCCUAACCCAGCAAGGGGAGAUGUUAUACCCCCCAACAGUGCAGAUGGGACUGUAGUCUCUGCACUUACAGCACAAGAGGGUAGGGACAGUCGGUCCUGUUCCCCAGCCACAGAGCGGUGUAUCCAGAGGGGAGACAGUCGGUCUCUCCCUCCCACAACCAGGCUCCCACCAGGCUACUUCCGUGGUAGCACUGGCAUCAGGGCAGAGUACCGCUGGUCUCUGCCCACUCAGCAACCCACCAAGGCAGCCUAACAGUUGCCCACACAGUCGUGGUGAGGCACCUGGACAUGGACAAAGUUCUCCUCUACCCAGGUGUAGUAACCAGUUAUUGUGGGUGGGCUGUACUGCUGUUUCUGUUUUGUGGGUGGGUUGCUGGACUAACCAGGGCACUGACCGGCAGGAGGUCAGAUACCCUGUUAGUCUAGUUGGUAAAGGGGAGAAGUGUGGCGAAACCAACCUCGCCACUGUGAACUGGAGAAGCCUGGUUGCUCGCCUGCUCCCUUUGGACUAUGGCCCUGCAGGUUAAACUGUUUAUUUCCCCUGCAGAAAGGCUUAUUUGUGUGAUCUGAGUGCCAUUCAUCUAAUAAUGUGCACUCAGAUCCCAGCUAUCUGGGGAUAUGUGAAAUGUCUGUGUGUUAUGUGUAAAUGUGACUUUAUGUAUUUUAAAGUGUUUUGUGUCUUUUUGCAACCAUGUGCUUAAUGGAGUCUUGUGUCUGUCCUGGGAGAUAAUUGAAUUACUUAUCUCCAGGAUAGAAGACUCUGAAACUGGUUUGGGCCAGAAAGCCAUGCUUCAUUUAGUCACAAAGGACUUUUUACUAACUUUUGAACCCCUUGUCUGAUUUGUGCCAUUUUUGAAUAUGUUGUUCCCCUGAAUGGAUUGAUUGUGAAUAUGUAAUUUUAUGUGAAUGUGAUGUAUGGUUUUGGAGUUAUGAAAGUUGGGUAGAAAGUAUGUUUUAACUGUAUGUAUAAUUGAGUUUCCUCUCAGGAUAAGGGGAGGGAAUAUGUGGGAUGUAACUGUGAUGUGAUUGGUUGUUUUGUAACGCCCUGUGGGCUGUACUAUGUUUGUGGAUUGGGAAUAAAAGAGACUGUAUGUGACAGUACAGAGAGUUCCUGCUUUAACCCUCAAAGUGAAGUGUCGUCUCAUUAUUGGGGGAAGGAUUUAUUGUAUGCUGUUCCAGUUUGACUGCUAGGAGAGUAAACCUAUUCGUAUGGUUCCUAUUCAACUGUCUACAGCAUUCAUAUGCUUGAGAGAAGGUAUACGCUUCUCUGGUUCGGUGAUUUUGGUGACUGCUGCAGUGCUUGGAGUCCUCAGGAAGUACUAGGAGCAUCCUUUAACGGAGGUACCCAGUCGGGGUGCCAGGCGAUCCGUUACAUAAUCCUUCAAAACAGCACAAAUAUGCAAAACAGGUAUUGUCUCAGGCAUACCUAAUGCAACUAACUAAGGGCUUCCUUAUUUGCACCAGUUGUGCUUGAGCUGGAACACUUGAAAUAUCUGAACUGGUUAUGGGUUUGUUGAAUGUUACAUUUGACUGCAUGUUAGAAAUAUGGCUAAGUCAAAAGAAUGGUGUACAAAGUUAGAAGAGAUCAUCGUCCUUGACAAACAAGGAACAGGAUACUAAAAGAUAGGCACUGACUGCUCCUAGAGACACCAUUGGAAGCAUAGUUUGCAAGUUGAAAAUUGAAGGAACAGUAAUUACACUACCUGGAUGGAGCAGAAAUAGGAAGUUAUCAAUGGAUGCCACCAGAUUUCUGAGAAGGCAGGUUGUGAAAAUCCCUUGAGUCACUACAAAAGACCUGCAGCAAGAUUCUGUUCUGUGGAGCAAAACUGGAACUUUUCAGUGCUAUGUCUGGAGGAAGAAAAAUGUAUGCUCUGCCUACAGUUAAGCAUGGUGGUGGCUCAGUGAUGCUUUGGGGCUGCUUUGCAUCUGGAAACUGGCAGAAUGUGGAAGGCAGGAUGGAUUCAUUGAAGUAUCAGGAAAUCCUAGGAGAAAACAUCAUGCUGUCUGCGAGGAAGCUGAAGCUUGGGUGUAACUGGAUCUUCCAACAAGAAAAUGUUUCCCAAAGCAUACCUCAAAUUCCACCAAGGCUUGGUUGCAGAAAAAGUCCUGCAAAAUUCAACAGUGGCCAUCACAGUCACCUGACUUGAACCCCAUAGAAAAUCUCUGUUGGGAUUUGAAGAAUGUGGUUGCAGCAGACAAACCCAAGAAUAAUACUGAACUGGAGGCCGUUGCUCAUGAGCAAUGGGCUAAGAUUCCUCAGGAACGCUGCCAGAAGCUGGUGUCUGGCUAUGCAUCUCGUUUGCAGCAGGUCAUAACCGCAAAAGGAUGCACUGCUAAGUACUAAAGCUGCUUGCCAUGAAGAGGUUGAAUAAUUUUGAGACUGGAGAAGUCAUUAGAAGUUGCAUUUUCAGUUGAAUUUGGGGAAACCACUUGAAGCAUUUGUUUUAAACUAUUUCAAUUGCUUUUGUUUGAAUUGUUCAUUGCAAACAGCUGAAUGUCUGUAAAUUUUGACAAUAAACCUAAUUUUCAGUGGGGGUUGAAUAAUAAUUUGGAUUAAACUGUAUACAGUUAUAGAUAGAUAGAUAAUCAUUAAUUUUAUUUGCGCUCAACAGAGCCCAAGCUUUGCCACAAAAACUACUGUGUUACAUUUUAGGGUUAAAUAUUGAGAAGUCUGCAAAAGACCUUCAACGCUGUCUAGCAUCAAUCACACGAUAUCGCCAAAGGGUUAAAGACGAGGUAGAGAACUCCGUCCGGAAUAUCAAAUCUACCUUUGCUGAGCUAUAUAAAAGGUUAGUAUAGCACAGUAACAAAACCCACUCCCAGCUACACUCAAUUAAUAUGGAGGAUCUCAUUUUCUAGGCCACCUUGAAGUUUAAAUCCAUAUUAUCAGAUUACCUGGGGCUCUUUCAUAGUUAGAAUGACAUAAAACUGUGGGAAGUGACAAUGUGCCACUUUAGGACUAGAUCAUCUUUAACAAAGUUAGAUUAUUUGAAUAUAAAUAUGCCUCUCUCACUUUUAGAACUCAAUGUCAGAAUAUGAGAAUUUGCAUAAAGUGUGCAUACACUUUAUAGAAUUUUAGAUCUGAUGGAAAGCUUAGAUCAACCCUAUAAAACAUACACUUUGGAUUAAAGGGAUUCUCUAAGCACUGACAUAUUGUUAGCUGAAUUAAGUGAUUUUGUUAUAUAGAUCAUGCCUCUGAAGUCUAACAGAUUACGUUUCUGCCACUUAAGAGUUAUAUCAUUUUAUUUAUACAAGGUAGCCACACCUCCCCUAAAUGAAGUCACACAGGCUCAAUACACACUUCCUGAAAUAGUUUAUGUGAUGCAUAGGCAACAUUCGGCACUCCAGAUGUGGAUUAUAUCUCCCCUGAUGCUUUGCCAGCUUUAUGUUUAAGAGCAUAUAGGGAGAUGUAGUCCACAAUAUUGUGUGCCUAAGCUGGCUUACCCCUGGUCUAAAUAUUUUAGAUUUGCUUCUUGCACAAAGUAUUUAAAUUUCUUAUAGCCUGUUCUGUAUAGAGCCUGCUAGAGCCUUCAGCAGCCCUAUUUGCAUGUUUAAGGUUUGAUUAACAAAACAGGAGAUAAGUACUUCUAAUAUAAACAUACCAUUGCUAUUAGAUCUGAUGGAAAAUUAAAACUUAUUUUCAUGCGAGCUGGAAGAGUUACAGCUUUUGUAUCUAAAAAGGAACACAAAUACUUGAGAGAAUUGAGCAGUGCAACUGCAGGGGCAUGAUUUAUACACCAAAACUGCUCAAUUAAAUUAAAAAUGUUUUGGUGCUUAGAGCAAUCCUUUACUAAUCCAGGAAUGUCUGAAUCAUAGAUACACAAAGCACUGAUGAUCAGAGAUUUUAAACAGUUGUGAGUUUUUUCACAUGUAACAGAAGGCUUGGGAGACCUCUCAAUUAAAACCUCCUGCGUAAUAAAGAAAUGGGUGAAUGCACCCCAACCAGAAAAUAUAAAUGUUUAUAAACAAUGCUUCCUGUAAAUUAAAAUGUUCUUUCUAAAAGUAUAUUAUCUAAUAGUUUGUUUCAUAUGAUUUUAUACUCUCAAAAAUCUUUACAUUAAUUUUAAAAAUUUGUAUUAUUAUUUUACUUUGUAAUUUCUUUAAUUUCUACUUGCGUUCAGCAUCAUUGAGAGAGAAGUUCAGCUGAUGUUGGAAUUGGAAAGAGUAAAAGAAGAAGCAUGUAUGUAAACCGCUUUAUUUUGUUACAUAGUUCCAUAAUUAUAUUGUCUGAAAAGAGAUAUGUGUUCAUCGAGUUCAGCCUUUCCCACAUCUGUUUUUUUUUUAAUUGAUCCAAAAGAAGACAAAAAUCUCAGUUUGAAGUGCUUUCCAAUUAUGCAACAAAGUAGAAAAAAACUCCUUUUCGACCCAAGAAUAGCAGUCACAUAUCUCCAUGGAUCAAGAAGGGGUCACCGCACUUAUUAAAAAUUAUAUAUCUGAAAAUUAGGUUUUUUGCAAGUAUUCAUCCAGUUGCUGUUUAAACAUAUGUACAGGCUCUGAUAAACUACCUAUUCAGGCAGAGAAUUACACAUCCUUAUUGUUCUUACUGUAAAAAAGAAAAACCUUUCCUUAGCCUUAGACUAAAUCUCUUUUCUUCCAGUCUAAAUGGGUGACCUUGCUUCCUAUGCAUAAUUUUGUUUAUGAAUAGAAUUGUUCUUGUUGUAAAUUUUGUAUAUAAAAAACAUUUUCAAAUUAAAUUAAUUUAAACAAAAAUAAAUAAAAUACUAAAGUACAAUACCUGAAAUAUAUUUAAAGUUGAAAUUUUGCGGGAGAUUUGCAUAUGUGCAAUGUAUAGGAAAAUUGCAAAGUUUAUUACACCUAUGCAACAUUGGUGACUUCUCUAGAAGGACAGAAGCAUUGUAAGGCAGGGACAUUUAUCUAUCCCUCAAAUAAAUGGAUCAAUGGACUGUGUGUAAAAUGGCAAAGGCCAUGGAACUUAUCUCAAGUUUUUCUUGCUAUGUUUUGUCUGAAUUAUUGGCCUGAUAAUUCUUAGAAGAAAAUGGUGUUUUCUUAAGCCAAUGAAUUGGCCGCUGUACAAACCUGAAUGGGAGCAUUUGAAAGACAUCAGGGGUCUGGGAUUCUUGAGUGCCUUAGCCUGCCCUCCUUGUGUCAAAAUUCUAUGAUUUCCAGUUUUGGGAGUGUGCUGAGUUAUAUUCUUUCAUGUAUAUUUGCAUUCUGAUUUCUAGCAAGCCUGGUCUUCGGUAUUAGAGAUUGAUGGGUGACUUAAAACGGUGGUAUUGCUAAAUUCCUUCUGAGUUUUCUACAUAUAGGUAGAUGUAGACAAGGUUUUGGUGGUAGAAUUAUUAGUAAAAAGGACUUUCAUGGAUCCUAAGAAUGAAAUAUUGUCACUUGUAUAUAGGGGACUAAACACAUCUUGAUAUUGAUCCACUGAUAUUCUACAAUGUCUUUUUGGCAAGGGAUGAGGCAGAAGUUGAUGGGUUUCAACAAUCUCAAACAAAAACAAGAAUUUUCUCUUUCUAUAUCUAGUGGAGAACUUAAUGACAAGACAGAUAACUGCAGAAGAACUGAGGCGAACAUCAGAGCUCUCCAGCCACAAGACAGAUAGUGAGAUUUCAGAACUUAGAGCACAAAUUAAGGUUUGUUAUCAUCCAGACUCCCCAGUAUAUGAUAAUCUGCGGUUUUAUAGUAAUAACAUGUUAAUAAAUAUUUGUUAAAGUAAAAAAACGUUAGACAUAGCCACAAAGAUUGACAUUCAUAUUGCGCAUCAUCGUUUAUGUAAAAUUAAAUCUUGCUGUAGAGUUUUCUAUUUUUACAUUUAACACAUCUAUUUUUAUAUGCUUUUACUUAAAGUUUUGGAGUGACCCUGUUUUCUCACUAAACAUGCAUUUUGUUUUGUUGUUUAUAGCACUUUGUCAGUGAACGCAAGUAUGAUGAGGAGUUGACUAAGUCUGCUCGAGUCACGUUUGAUGCAGAACAGUUGAUGAAGCAAAUCAUUUUGUGUGGAGAGAGUAUGUAUUAUAGAUUGUAAAGGGUUUCAGCACUGUACAGUGUAGACCUCCUAGAGUAACAUUAGAAUACAAUAACUUUAUACUGAAUAAACUGAAAGGGCCAUACUGUAAAAAUUAACAUAUAAAACCAUGAAGAAAAAAAAGAGUCUAUUAUUUUAAAUUACAUACAUAAAAGCAUUGGGUACGAGAUGUGUUAGUGGCGAGUGGCACACUUUAAAUCUUUUCUCAUAGGAAGGUAUUGAACUCAGUGUUUUUGCUAUGAGCUGCAUUUAAUGGUGUUCGAUGUUCCUAUGGAUGUCAAACGUCACAAGACAGAGUUUCACCUGGUAGUUGCAAAGGAAUUGCCUCUAAAGGCAGGAGUGUUUAACCCUUCAAUGUUAAUAUUGCUGUUUCUCAAAAAUGGCAAUGUUUUACAUUGAGAGCUUAAAACUACAACUACUCGAUUAACCAAAUAUUAUCAAUAUCCUUCCACUGUAUAUAAAUACUUUAAUAGGAUAGAUAAAACAAUCAUCAUAUUGUAGGCUAAAAGGCAUAUAGGGCAGAUGAACUCAAUAGAUUUAAAGUAGCCUGAUUAUAUAGAGAUUGUUUUAGCUUCCCUUAGUAAGAUAUUGAUUUUCAUUUUUAUUUCUUAAUAUUUUUAUAUUUGUUUAUUUUAAAUUACAUACAUAGAAAUACAAAUGAGAUGAGAGAUAUUGAUUUUUAUAGGGGCAUUGUCUUUAUUCUACUUGGAUUUGGAAGCAUUGAUGUAAUUUCAAGUUUUACUAAGGAUUAAAUAAGUUAUAUUUUAACGAUGGUACCUACACCACUUUUUUGUUUUGCAGUUACUUUACAAGUUGAAACACCGUUUGUUGUAUAUAAUAGCACUUUAAUAAUAGCUCACAAUUUCUGUUGUCCCUUGUAUCAGGAACAAACUGAUAAAUUGAUAAAAUAUAUUUCCCACUCUGUUGAUACUAAUAGCAUGUACCUUCUUUUUCAUUAUUGUUAACCUUUCUGGUCCACCAAGCAACCUUCCAAUAUGCGUGUAUUUGAAAUUUAUGUAUUUUCUUCUACUAAAAAAAACCCACACCAAACGUAUUUUAUGUUUUAGUUUCUCAUCCUAAGAAUAGUUAUUCACCGAGGACCCCAAACAGCACAGUGUCAUCAUCAGAAGUACAGAACAUCACUGCUGCUAAGCCAAAAGUACAUACACCUCGCAUGAAGAAACCAUUAAAAAACUAUAGACACAAAAUAAUAACCUCCGACAAGGACCAUGUUCAAUGUAUAGAAGGAGCAGAGACUGGCAGUGAUAAUUUAGAAACACCACAUGCUUCUCCUGAUUAUUCACGUUGGAGUAAUAAGCAGGUAAAAAACACAGCAGAGUGUACUCAUAUGCUAUGAAUUAUGACGGAACAGUAGGAAUUAUGCGGAGAAUCAUAAAUGGAAGCAAACCUAUCUUCCUCUUCUUUCUCACUCCCUCUGCCUCACUGGCCCAGAGCGUGCACAUGCGCUGGGCCGACAAUAGGUCCAAUUACGAGCUUCUUUAUGAGAAGCCUAUAAUUGGACAAUGUGCACUCCCUGUGAUAUUGAAGGGGGCAUGGAAUAUCAGCGUCGGGUGCUUCAAGAUGUGAAGAGACAAGAGGACAGUAGACGUGGUGGUGUUGUGCUCCAUGACUGCAUCAGAUUUCUGGACCUGUUCAGGAAUGCUAGCACGCAUGUGCAGCACAGGCAACAGCUGAUCUGUGUCACCAGAUGUGACGUAGGUAGAGAUUUUUUUCGGGUAAAGAAAUCUGACAGAACACCGGUGCUGGAUUCAAGGUGAGUAAAAAGCUUUUCUUUACAGAUUUCACUCCAUAGUGCUCAACAGGGAACAUUUCACCUGAACUCCUCCAAAGGGUUCAAGUAACUCUUUAGGCAUGGAAAACGGGGUACAAAACAGUGAGUUAAUUUCUUUAUUAUUUUUUAAUCUCCUUUACAAAAUAUACUUAACAUUUCCUUGCAAAGGAUGGAAAUGCUAUUUCUUUCUGACUAUGAUUCUAGCUAAAUAGUGUGUAGCUAAUUAGAUUGUGAAAAGAUUAACACAUGAAUCAAAUUGUCAUAAUUAGAGAAUUAGAGCGGACACCUGGAUGUUUGGGUCCGGCGGGUUCGGCCAAACUUUGAAAAAAAGUCCGGGUUCGGGCUUGAACUUGACCUCGAACUUGACCCCGAACCCCAUUGAAGUCAAUGGGGACCCGAACUUUUAGCCACAAAAAUGCCUCUAAAAAACUCCUGGAAAGGGCUAGAGAGCUGCAAAAGGAAGUAAAAUGGGGGCAAGAGUAGGACAAGUGCCCUGCAAACAAAUGUGGAUAGGGAAAUCACUUAAAAUAACAUAAAAAUUAAAAAUACAGCUGAGCCAUAAAAUAGCACUAGAUGGAAUCUUUGAUUUUAGCUUUGGAAGAACAUAAAUCAAAAUCUAAAGCAUGACUGUCAGGAGGAUCACCAGAAUUAUCCAUUUGAGAGAGUAUUCUCUUUCAUUUCAAACUGAGCUCAACUCCUGAUGCAUGGAGAAAAGGCCUUCACAAGCCUCUGCUAUUGUGUACAUAGUUUAUACUAAGUGGCCCAUAGGUUGAGGAGGUGGUGACCGUGGCGGUGUAGGUGGAAGCAGAGGUGGAGGAGGAGGAUGAGGUAGCCAACACUGUUUUUUAUUAUUUUGGGUUUUUUUUAAUUGUGGUAGCCCACAAAAUAUUGGGACAUACAAAAAAAAGAAGAAACAUUUGUGGCCUGCUGUGCAUUUGCAGUCCUGAUGAAUGGAUAAAUGCUCAACUCCUGAUGCAUGGAGAAAAGGCCUUCACAAGCCUCUGCUAUUGUGUACAUAGUUUAUACUAAGUGACCCAUAGGUUGAGGAGGCGGUGACUGUGGCGGUGUAGAUGGAAGCAGCAGUGGAGGAGGAGGAUGAGGUAGCCAACACUGUUUAUAUAUAUAUAUUUUUUUUAUUUUAUUUGGGGUAGCCCCCAAAAUAUUGGGACAUAUAAAAAAAGACAACUCUGUUCCGCAGAGUUGCUGUUGACAUUAUAGUUGCACAGGCACUUUGUUGACUCUAGAGAACCUCGAGCAAAUCGCACAUCCCCGUGAUGGUGACUUUGCAUUCGGAUGUCAUCCAUAUCAACUUUCGAUGCCAUUUUCUGCGCCUACCAUGGUGACCAUGGGUAACGGGGAAUCAGGGUUCCAUUCCGUACAAGGACCCUGAGAAACGGCUACCACAUGCAAGGAAGGCAGCAGGCGCACAAAUGACCCACUCCCGACGCGGGAAGGCAGUGACGACAAAUAACAAUACAGGACUCUUUAGAGGCCCUGUAAUUGUAAUGAGUCCACUUGAAAUCCUUUAACUCUGAUCAAUUGGAGGGAAGUCUGGUGCAGAGCCACUGACCUGUGCGUGCUGCUGCUGAAACUCCACUAUCGCCUGCUGCUGCUCGCACAGUCUCAUGAGGCGGUGAGCGGGAAGGCCGAAGUUACGCUGCAGCACAUACAGGCGAGCAGCAGCAGGGUGAGAACGCCGAAAGUGGGCACAGCCACUACAGUGAAUGUCACAUCCUGUUCGAAGUUGCGGAUCAGUCUGGUGAUGGCUUCUGGUAUCCAGUACUCUUUUUACUGAAGCUGCAUCAGGGUCCUGGUAUGUGCCCGCACAAACACUGGUGCUCAACACCAGGGAGCGUGCGGUUACCCUGCACCAGACCCUGCUAAUCCAUUCCAUGCUGUGACUCCUAACAACAUCAGGCAUACUGGGUCCCGGUCAUCCAACCGCCGCACAGACAGUGUCUGGGUCCUGGUCACUAGACUGCCCACCUGACUGUGAAACUACGAAUGGAUCAUUAAAUCUGGUACGAACCCGAACUUUGCAGUUCGGGUUCGCUCAAAUCUAUUAUGGAUCCUUUGAUCGCUACAUGUAUUACUUGGAUAACUGGUAAUUCUCGAGCUAAUACAUGCCGACGAGCGCUAGGGGAUGGUCGCUCCUCUUUUGCACCAUGCUCCCUCUUAUGCUGUGCUGGUGCCUCAGUGCGACCAGCGCCUCUUCCUCCAAACUACACACGUCACUCGCAUGACCUUGAUUCCAUGUGGAGUCUAGGACCUCAUCAUCCUCCACAUCAUCUUCCACCCACUCCUCAACCCUCCGUCCUUACCGGUAUGCACACUGCAGAAAGUCACAGCAGUUGGCAGUGGCACCUGUGUUUUUCCAGCAUGUAAAGUCUGCAAAGGACAUAUGGAAAUUGUUUUAGAAUUGUAUCCAGGCAACAGUUUUCCCUAUAAACUGACCUCUCAGUUUCACUUGUGAGGGUAAUGCCCCAGAAUUACAAUAUUAUUUAAGUACCUCUUAGCUAUUGAUAACUGGUUUAAAUAUAGCAGCUUGUUAUCUGGUAGUUUCUAGUGUAGAAAAUAUCAAUCUGUUUUCUAUCACUUAGAUCUGUGUAAAGAGUGUUGUAGGUGUGAAACAAUAUUACAAGUGACCGAUGUAAAUUCGAAUCAAAGUUCCAUUUGCAAAACAAAUUCUCGCCCAUCUUCUGUGGGUUAUUGCAUUUUUAAGAUGUAGACUUAUUGUAUCACACUAGCCAUGCAAAGGUAGAUUGUCUGGCACGUCGUUUUGGUGUUUGGUUUUUAACUUUGUAGUUGUGUCUUUACACAAUAUAGAAAUGUAUAUUAAUGCUUCUGUAUAUGAAGCGAUCACAAUAACACUUAUUUUUCACUUAAAAAAAAAAAAAAAAUCAGGCUAAACAAAAAUUGGUAAUUAACAAUGACAUCUGAAAAGCACAUGAAAGGAUGCUGUAUGAUUUAUAAAAAAAAGAACACACUACAUGAAGGUUCUGUUCACUAGAGUGUGUAGUCAUGAAUGUAACCAGUAAAACUUUGUUUUUACAGCCACUGGUUGGCCCAUACAUAUUUUAAAACGUGUUUAAUUUUGUUAUAGCAUGACUUGUAGUCUUGUUUUUAACUUGUCUAUAAUACAUAUUUUUGUAUGACACUUAGUGUGUUUUUUUCAUUGAUUUUUAUUGAAUUUUAAUGGUCUAAGAUAAUUAACAUGUCAACAGGCAAUGAUUUGUCUCAGUCUUGUCUUCUAUACUUCCUGCACCAUAGGCAACAUUUAUUUGUCUUUAGACUUUUUUGAGAAGCGGUAACUAACCAGUGUUGCACACAUACACCAGAUAUGAAGUGCACACCCCAAAUAUACUAUUUAGCACCCAGAAAAUUAGAAUUUUUACAACUGCGCUGUAAGCGCACUAUUAGACACUUCUAUUUGACUCUCAGAUAUGAAGAGCAGGGCCCAAAAUGUACUAUUUAGCAAAUUGGCACCCAGAAAAUAAGAUUUUUUACAACUGCGCUGUAAGCACACUAUUAGAUACUUCGAUUUGACUCUCAGAUAUGAAGUGCACGCCCCAAAAUGUACUAUUUCGCAGAUUAGUACACAUAAAAUAAGAAUGUUUACCACUGCGCUGUAAGCACACUAUUAGACGCUUCUAUUUGACUCUCAGAUAUGAAGUGCACACCCCAAAUAUACUAUUUAGCACCAAAAAAAAAAAAAUUUACUUUUUAAAACUCCAAUGUAAGCAGCAGAUUAGGAGCAAUACAAUUAGAAUGUUUACAACUGUGCAGUAAGCGCACUAUUUGACGCUUCUAUUUGACUCUCACAUAUAAAGUAUACCGCAGGCCGCAAAUGUACUAUUUAGCAGAUUAGCAGCAAAACAAUUAGAAUUUGUACAACUGCGCUGUAAGCACACUAUUAGACGCUUCGAUUUGACUCUCAAAUAUGAAGAGCAGGCUCCAAAUUUUACUAUUUAGCAGAUUAGCACCCAGAAAAUUACUCUCAGAUAUGAAGUGCAUUCCACUAAUGUACUAGUUUGCAGAAUUCUUUCCUAAGCUGUCCCUAUCAGCAGCAGCAUCCUCUCCCUACACUAAUAAGACCUCAUGUGCGUGUGGCGCUACGCGACUCCAGCUUAUAUAUAGAGGCUGGGUCACAUUCUGCACUGGCCAAUCACAGCCAUGCCAUUAGUAGGCAUGGCUGUGAUGGCUUCUAAGGGCACACGAGUCAAACGCUUGUUGAUUGGCUGCCCUCCAGCCUUUGAAAAUACGCCAUUAAAUCGCCGAACACCGAACUCCAACCCGAACAUACAGUGAUAUGUGCGUGUUCGGGGUCCAAAAAACUUAACUCUACAGUUCGGGUUCGCUCAACUCUAGUCAUAAUAAAAAUAUGUGCAUGUUUUUAUGGAAUUAAAAAUAUUUUUCUGUUUUACAGGUUGUAGCAGGCCACACUUACUGGAGAAAAUGUCUUCCAAAAAUGACCGGGUUUCAUGGUAGCACCAAAACUUCAAAGUCAGAUGAUGGAUCAUUUCAUGAUUUCCACCCCAGGUCCAGAUGUGAAGAGACAAGAAGACAGAAGAAUACCUUUAAUAGUAGAAAUAGGAGAGCAACACAUAAUAAGGAGUGCCCUUCAGUUCAGAAUAAGAAUCUUGAACAUACUGAGUAUAGUCAGGAUUCUAGAAGAAAGGAAACCGAGACAGUACUUGUAAAGGGUUCUACAGGCCAUAUCACCUAA